UACCAGGUCCAGGAAGCUGGAAGUUUCACUAGACUUUUUUUUUUUUUGCACAACUCUGUUUUUAAAGACGAGUUUAACUUACGAAUUUGAGACAAGUUAGCACUGUUGUUUGUUUAUUAUUUAAGGGAGCUGUGUUUGUAUUUAAUUUCUCUAUAAGUCUAUAGAGUAGGAGGACGAGAAGGACAUAAAUUCGCCACACAUCCCUGACUAAAGAUGUCAACCUCGAACCCUCUGGCUAAUUACAGCACGGAACUCCACGAUGACCAAGCAGAUAAAGUGGACAAAUACCUUCACAACCUCCAGCUGUCAGAUAAGACUUUGAUGGACGUGUCACUACGAUUUCGUCGAGAGAUGGACAAAGGCCUGUGUAGAGACACCAACCCCACAGCUGCUGUCAAGAUGCUGCCCACAUUUGUGCGCUCCACUCCUGACGGAACAGAACAAGGAGAAUUCCUGGCCCUCGACCUUGGUGGUUCAAACUUCCGAGUGCUUCUGGUCAAAGUCAUGGGUAACGGCGAGCAAAAAGUGGAGAUGGAAAGUCAGAUUUACGACAUUCCUGAACACAUCAUGAGAGGCAGCGGGUCUGAGUUUUUUGACCACAUAGCUGCUUGUCUGGCUAACUAUCUGGACAAGAUGGGCAUGAAGGACAAAAAGCUUCCUCUGGGCUUCACCUUCUCGUUUCCCUGCCAGCAGACUAAGUUGGAUGAGGCUGUUUUGAUGUCUUGGACUAAAGGCUUCAGGUCAAGUGGGGUAGAAGGACAGGAUGUGGUCAGCCUUCUGAGAAAAUCCAUCAAGAAAAGAGGGGUAAUUAUCCAAAUUUAUAAACACUUGAACAUUUGGAAAGGUAUUGAAACAGUGCUAAUUAAGUGUAGCUGCAGUUACAUUCACUGGCUUGCCACUGUGUUAGGCACAGUAGUACUAGUUUGGACGUCCUUUUGCUUUCAGAACUUAAUUCUUGAUGGCAACAAUCGUCAGGAAACAUUUUGGUUUGCACUCCCUUACUCUAUUCGAUUGAGAUCUGGUGACUGUGGAGGCCAUUUGGGAACGGGGACCAACGCUUGCUACAUGGAGCAGAUGAGGAACAUUGGUGUUCUGGAUGGUGACGAGGGGCGGAUGUGUGUAAAUACUGAGUGGGGUGCUUUUGGGGACGACGGGGCCCUGGAGGACCUGCGCACUGACAUUGACCGGGAGCUGGACGCAGGCUCAUUCAACCCUGGCAAGCAGCUAGAUGAGGAAGGUAUUGCUAGUGCUGAGAAGAUACUUCGUGGCCUGGGGCUGGACCCGUCGGUUGAGGACUGCAUAGCAACUCGGAGGGUGUGUCAGAUUGUAUCCACACGGGCCGCACACCUGUGCGCUUCCUCUCUAGCGUCGGUGCUGCGACAGAUCCGGGAUAACAAAGCUGCUGAGAAGUUGCGUGUCACUAUUGGAGUGGAUGGCUCUGUUUACAAGAAUCAUCCAGAGUUUUCCAGGAGGCUCAACAAAAUGGUUCGUCGACUUGUACCCGACUGCGAUGUGCGUUUUUUGCAGUCACAGGAUGGUAGUGGGAAGGGUGCAGCUAUGGUGACUGCGGUGGCCUUCCGACUUGCCAAUCAAAACGCUGAGCGGCAGUGCGUCCUCGACACGCUGCGCUUGAGUCGCGAACAGCUGCUGGAGGUAAAGAGGCGAUUCAGCGAGGAGAUGACCCGAGGUCUGUCAAAGCAAACCCACAAGCAGGCCAGCAUCAAGAUGCUUCCCACUUAUGUCCGAUCCACUCCCGACGGAUCAGAACAUGGUGAUUUCUUGGCUUUGGACCUCGGAGGCUCCAGCUUUCGAGUGCUUCUGGUGCGAGUGAGAAGUGGAACAAAACGCAGUGUGGAUAUGCAACAGAAGAUCUACAGUAUCCCACAGGAAAUCAUGCAAGGCACAGGGGAAGAGCUGUUCAACCAUAUUGUGGACUGCAUAGCUGACUUUUUGGAAUACAUGGGCAUGAAAGGAGCAUCUUUACCUUUGGGUUUUACGUUCUCCUUCCCCUGCGAUCAAACCAAACUUGAUGAGGAAUUUGAUUUGAACUUUGUGGCAGUAGUUAAUGACACAGUGGGAACCAUGAUGACUUGCGGCUACGAGGACCCCAAAUGUGAGGUGGGACUCAUCGUCGGCACAGGGACCAAUGCCUGCUACAUGGAGGAAAUGCAUAACAUCGAACUGGUGGAGGGCGAUAAUGGCCGCAUGUGUGUCAAUGUCGAGUGGGGAGCAUUUGGUGAAAAUGGGGAACUAGAGGAGUUUUGCACAGAGUUCGAUCACCUCGUCGAUGCCUGCUCUAACUACCCUGGGAAACAGAGGUAUGAAAAGAUGAUCAGUGGGAUGUACCUGGGGGAGAUUGUGCGGAACGUGUUACUGGAUUUUACCGCUAAGGGCCUGCUGUUCAGGGGCAAAGUGUCAGAGCGACUGAAGACGCGAGGCAUCUUUGAGACAAAGUUCCUGUCGCAGAUCGAAAGCGACCGCCUCGCCAUGCGUCAGGUUCGCUCCAUCCUGCAGCACCUGGGCCUCACCGGCUCCACGUGCGACGACAGCGUGCUGGUGAAGGAGGUGUGCAGCGUGGUCGCCCGCCGUGCCGCUCAGCUCUCUGGCGCCGGUUUAGCCGCUGUUGUCGACAAGAUACGGCAGAAUCGCAACUUGAAUCAACUCUCCAUCACCGUGGGAGUGGAUGGCACGCUUUAUAAAACGCAUCCUCAUUUCUCUGCCAUUAUGCAAGAAACACUGCGGGAUUUGGCGCCACAGUGUGAGGUGACGUUCCUGAAGUCAGAGGAUGGAAGUGGAAAGGGAGCAGCACUGAUCACCGCAGUGGCCUGCAGGGUCAAAAAUGAAGGACAGCAGUAA